AUGUUUAACUUAAGUGACUUUCAACCCAACAACACGGCUCACUAUGAGCUCCCUGUCAUUAUAAAAGUGUCUAUUGUAAUCCCACUGACUUGUAUGUUUCUUGGUUGUAUAGCUGUCAUGCUGCACACCUUUGCAUCCCAUCGACAGUUCUUGGAGACAUCUCGGUACAUCCUUUUUGCCUACAUGCUGAUCAAUGAUGCCUUUCAAGUCAUAUCCUCUGUUGUCUUGUUUGCUCUUUUUGUGUGUCAAAUUAAGUUCCCUCUUUUCUAUUGUAUCCCUUUACUGUUUGUAUCUACUGCUACUUUCCAAAAUACCCCCUUGAUUCUUGCUGCUAUGUCUCUUGAACGAUAUGUUGCCAUAGUCUAUCCCCUUCAGCGUCCAUUAGCUUGGCGUUCUGACCGGAUUUGGGUUAUCAUUUUGGCUUUGUGGAUUAUUAGUUGCCUAUUUCCCCUCAUAGACUUCUCCAUUGGCAAGCAAGACCCAAAUCUGGACCCUUUUUCUACCCCGGUUUUAUGCAAAUCUGCUGAGCUGAAUACUAGUCCUAUUCAAAUGCUUUUUAAAGCUGUGAUAUUUAUAAUUUUCUUUGCAGUGGUAGCAAUCAUUAUCCUGUUUACUUAUGUGCGCAUCCUAUUGGAAACAAGGAAGUUAAGGCAGGACAGGGCGUCAGUAAACAAAGCAAUGCACACAGUGGUAUUACAUGGAUUUCAGCUUGUCCUGUGUGUCCUGGCCUUCACUCACCCCAUAACAGAGUCACUGGUUAAGGUUCACGGAUGGCAGCCUCAGGAUAUGGCCUUUUUCAAUUACUUUACCUUUAUCCUUAUCCCACGCUUUCUCAGCCCGCUCAUCUACGGAUUCAGGGACCAGAAUCUCCGGGCCUGCAUCGGGAAGUCACUCUUGUGCUGCUCACGCAAAGUCAGUCCAUAA